UUGAUAACUACUUUGCAACUCAAGAGGUUUUAACCCCUUCAUCAGAGAGAAGACAUCACCAGAGGCGUGUACAUUUCACAGCUAUAAAAUAAUCUACACGGAUCUCUCCAGAUGUUUUCCAGCAACGCACUCUCCGGGUGCUGUGGUGCGUUUUUACGCGUGAAAUUCUCGGGGGCAGUUGAUUCCUGAAUAAAGCUUUUCUUGGAGCAUUAAAUUUUGUGCUGAAAGCUAAACCAGUUCAGCUGACCAGCGUAGGGAACCAGCUUGGAAUAAUCCAACACAUUGCGUUUAUUGUUACUUUUGGGGAGAUUUUUGGCGUAAACCCUGGACCAAAGGUUGAACGGAGUUUUUGCUCAACGUCUUGGUAACGUUGGUGUUACUUUUUUGCAUCAUGUAUUUGUCAACAUGAAAACCGUAGAUCUGAGACUGUGAAUGAAGGAAGGUUGAUCACAAAUCAAUCAUGGAGCCGUAUGUGCGCACUGAGCGUUCCUUGUCCAUCUGGAGGAGGCUGUGUUACGCAGUGGGACACUUUCAGAACGACCUGUGCGCUUCUAUGUGGUUCACCUAUCUCCUGGUCUACCUCCACAACGUGCUGGGAUUUCAGAGCACCUUCGCAGGUGUGCUGCUGCUGAUUGGACAGAUAGCUGACGGGGUCUGUACGCCUUUGGUUGGAUAUGAAUCUGACAGAACGUUAACGGGCAUCUGUGGAAAGAGGAAAUCCUGGCAUCUGUUGGGAACCAUUAGUGUUAUUAUAUCGUUCCCCUUCAUUUUCAACCCGUGCCUGGCCUGCAGUGACGGCACUCCUCAAUGGGCUCAGAUUUUAUACUUCUCCCCCUUCAUCAUCAUCUUCCAGUUCGGCUGGGCGGCCACCCAGAUCUCACACCUGUCCCUCAUCCCGGAGCUGGUGACCCGGGAGAGUGAGAAGGUGGAGCUCACCGCGUACAGGUAUGCCUUCACGGUGGUGGCAAAUAUCACAGUCUUCACUGUGGCCUGGCUGCUCUUCAAAUUCCAGACUCAGCACAAUCUCAACCCCACCAUCACAGAUAAUGUGGGCCCGGUGGACAUCCCUCUCUUCAGGGAUCUGGCCCUCAUUAUGCUGGGCCUUGGAGCUUUAUUCUCUCUGAUAUUUCAUUUGGGCACAAAGGAGGGGACGCCGGCCACAGAGAGAGAGAACCUGCUGAUCUCAUCCGCCCCAUCACAGGACACCACACCUCGCCCUGUGUUUGGGUGGAAGAGUUGGCUGAAGGAGCCCUCCUUCUACCAGGUUGCUUUCCUAUACAUGUGCACUCGCCUUAUCGUCAACUUAUCUCAGACGUACAUUUCAGUUUUCAUCACCGCCUCGCUGAUGUUACCAAAGAACUUUAUUGCCAUCAUACCUCUGGUGAUGUACCUCAGUGGCUUUGUUUGCUCGUUGGUCAUGAAGCCAGUCAGCAAACUUAUAGGAAUCUAUAUUACCUAUUUAGUGGGCCUGAUGCUGGUGUUUGCCUUUGGCAUCUGGGUGUAUGUGGCCAAGCACAUGGGAGCUGACAGCAUUUAUGGAGCCUCCGUGCUGCUGGGCGCCGGCACUGCUACAAUCCUGGUCAUGUCUCUGGCCAUGACCGCUACACUCAUUGGAGAUCAGACGCAGCAAAGUGGAGCCUUUGUUUACGGUUCCAUGAGCUUCACAGACAAGGUGGCAAAUGGUUUUGGUGUCAUCCUCAUCCAGAGUAUCCGGCCAUGCAACACAGAAGCCUGCUGUCCAGACUGUGUUUGGUUUUAUCGUGACGUCAUGGCGAUGGUGACUGGGGGCUUGGCUAUUGCUGCUGCAAUUUGCCUGUUCACAAUUAUAACCUGGCCAAUCAGGAUACGGAGAAGUUAGGGUUCAAUAUUUGUGUUACAGUUGUUGUUAUUGAUUGUUUGCACCUGUGAAAACAAACAGAAAACAACCAUCUAUAUCAUAGAUUUGAUACUGCACAGUACAGCUCUGUAAGUUUGUUACAGUUAAGCCUUUUUGUUGGACAGUGGAAACCAUGCUGGGAUUAAAGCAAUGCUGCCACCUUGUGUAUGAAUUUGUAACUACACUGUUUUCCAGACCUUUAAAAUGUGUUUUAUUCAAGCUUCAAAAGAUCUUUUUCAUGGAUUCAGAUGAGUAGAAAAACAAUAUCACUGAAAAUUCACUGCACUAACUGACAAUAUGGCCUAGCCUGAUGACUCACAACUUUACAGACACUUUUCUAACAGGAAGCAAGCUUCGCCUUGGAUUUCUAUGUUGGAUUAAACCAAAUGUGUAUGUAAACACACAAACCAUAGUGGUGCUCCCAGACACAGUGAAACUAAUUUCUCUAGUUCAAGUGUGUUUCUGUUUCUGAGUGUCAGAGCUAGACUGUUGGCCAGAGAGCUAAUACUUUCCUGACCAUUAACAUGAUAACCACCUGCUUUGAUCAUGUGCUCUGUAGAGGUAAAUGAGACAUUUAAUCUGGACUGAAAUCACAUAAAGUGUCUGUUCUGAUUUAACACUGAACCUUGUACAUCAGCUCAAGAGGAACUAAACAAAAUGUUUAAAACCCAGGGAUUGAACCCUGCAUAGUAAGACAUUGACCUUAUGCAACUGACAUUAAUGUCCUUCAUUUGCAUGUUGUAAAAAGAAACACACUAGAUUGCUACAUUUCUUUUAUCAAAUUGUACCAUUUUAAUUCAUUUAACCAGGAAAGCCUCAUUUAAAACACAGAUCAACCAAUCCUGAGUCACAGAGCACAAAGUCAUUAGUCAAAACAUCUACAACCUGAUGCAGCUUCCUACAGUGUCUCCAACCUGCCUUUAAAAACACCUGAAGACACCUGCUCACCCACACAUAAUGUCUCCUGUAGCAGAUUCCAGGCUGCAGGAGCAGCAUGCCUGAAACUCCUUCUACCCAUUUCCAGACAGACUUUGGGUACAGAUAGCAAAAGCAAGUCUUGGGACUGAGUUACAGAGUGAAGACUGUAGCAUUUUUCAUACUGAUAAAACCACAGAAGUAUGAUAAACACUGAUUUUGUAAAGCCUUAUAUUCUACAAUUACAAUACUUUGGAAUAACUAUACCUCAGAAUAUUAUAUAUUUUUUAAUUCACUGUAAUUUAAACUUUUCUGCCCGUCACCUCAACUUGAAUGGUAGCUCUGGUCCAGCAUGUCAUUUCAUUUAGCCCACAAGAGCAUCCAAAGAAUAUAAUUUUCUUAUAAAAUGAUUCUGAGUUACAGGGUUAAGAUCAGCGCAAUGACCUACUAGCCAUUGUGCCAGCUUUGUGGGAAAUGUAGUUUGUCAGUGGCCUGCUAAUCUUUGUUUUUGUCAGUGAUAGCACUUUCACUUUUCCUCAUUUGUCAAAGCAAGUAGAUAAGCAGUUGGAACAAAAACAAAUUAUGUCACAGACUGCAUGUACUAUCAGAGCAGAUUUAUGUGUUGUACCACAGUUCUGCCCUCCUCGACUACAGUCAGACAGUUUUCAAUGUGAAAAAUAUUGCUUGAUAAUAUUUUUGGGAUGAUGUAAAAAAAUGUAUUAGUGACUUUAUGAAAAACCUAUGAGGGUAGUGAGGAAUUUUGUAAUCUAAAAUAAGUCCUUGGAUUUAUGU